CCAUCAUGGCAGGUCGAGGGCAUGACUUGAGCCAAAACACUUCCAUGAUGAAGCGUGGGCCCGAGACCGGGAUGAGGGGCAUGGUGGGGUUAAAGUCAAUGUCGGCUCUCAGAGGCAGACUGCGCGUCCUGUGAUUGAUGGAUAAAUCAUGGAGAUAUGGGGCUGCGCUGAGUAGGUUCCCCCAUGUGGCGGCAGCAUGCAUGUUUCCGUGGAGGCUUCCGCUGCUAGCGUCGCUGUCGGGUCAAAGUCACUCGAGGAUCGACUCCGACGUCACUGCUGUCCAGAAAGCCAAGAGUCCAAGACAUGAGCUGCCGUCCUGGAGUGCCAAUCCAAGUGACCGGGACUCCGACGGGCUGGAGACGAGUCUUGGCCAGCAGCCUGCCACCGUGCAAACAGAAAUGAACAGAAAGGCGGAACUGUCACAGUAUUUGAAUUGUAAGGGGGGCUAGGGCCGAAUUAUUGCAGGUUCCGUUCGGGCUUCCAAGUCUGCGCGGACCGAAAUUCACC